AGACACCCUUUAACAACAACUUCAGCAAAAGCCGUAAACACAACAUAUACGUAGUAGCAAAAAAAUAUCGAGUGUAGCAAAGUAAUAAUAAAACAGAUGGGAACUCGUCAUUUCUUAGCCUUUAUUGUUUUUGUUACCCUAUCUUCCUAUGUCGCCAACGCAACUGACCCUAAUCAGCUACAAGAUUUCUGUGUCGCUAUAAACGACCCUAAGGAUGCAUUGUUUGUGAAUGGAUUGUUUUGUAAGAAUCCAAUGGCUGUCAAGGUCGACGAUUUUCAUUUCCAAGGUCUAGACAAGCCAGGAAACACAGACAACCAAGUUGGCUCCAACGUUACACGAGUUACCCCAGCUAACCUUCCGGGGCUAAACACCCUCGGUUUAUCACUGGCUAGAAUCGACGUUGCACCUUAUGGCGUUAAUACUCCCCACCAUCAUCCUCGUGCCACCGAGGUCCUUACAGUCCUUGAAGGAACUUUCUAUGCUGGUUUCGUAACCACAAACCAACCAAAUGGUAAAAACAAGUUAUUCGCCAAGAUACUACACAAGGGAGAUGUUUUUAUCUUUCCUCAAGGCCUAAUUCAUUUUGAAUCAAAUGUUGGGAAAACUCCUGCUGUUGCACUUUCCGCAUUUACCAGCCAAAAUCCUGGUGUUGUUACCACAGCUGCCGCUACAUUCGGGGCUGAUACUUCGAUCUCCGUCGAUGUUCUUACCAGGGCAUUCCAAUUGGAUGCUAAUGUGGUGAAGAAUCUUCAAACACGAACUUUUGAAUGAGCAUAUCAUUACAGGAAUAUGAGGAUAUACAAACUGGUUACGUGAACUUUAAACUAUAUAUGUUGUAAUACGGUACUUUGAUAUCUUAAAAUAAUAACCAAGUAAUGUGAUCUUGGUUAAUUUAUGUUGUUUGAUGGUCAGGAUGUAUUCGUUAUUUGAUAAGAAAAUAGUGAGUUUUGUACGAGCGAGUGACUUUAUC